AUGUCGGGGGUGCAGGCGGGCGCGUACAAGGCCUCCGAUCGUCCUCCUUCCAACUCCUCCGGCUACCGGACAGACAAAGUCCGGCGGAAGCGGCUGACGGCGCAGAAGAGGAAAGAGAUCAAAGAGGCGUUCGAUCUCUUCGACAUCGACGGCUCCGGCACCAUCGAUGCAAAGGAGCUAAACGUCGCAAUGAGAGCCCUUGGAUUCGAGAUGACACCGGAGCAAAUCAGCCAGAUGAUCGCGGAGGUGGACAAGGACGGCAGCGGCACCAUCGACUUCGACGAGUUCGUGGACAUGAUGACGGACAAGAUGGGCGAGCGGGACGCCCGGGACGCGCUCCACAAGGCCUUCCGCAUCAUCGACCAGGACGCCAACGGCAAGAUCUCGGACAUGGACAUCCAGCGGCUGGCCAUCGAGACCGGCGAGCGCUUCACACUCGACGAGGUCAGGGAGAUGAUAGAGGCCGCCGACGAGAACGGUGACGGCGAGAUCGACCUGGACGAGUUCAUGAAGAUGAUGAAGCGGACCAACUUUGGGUCUGGCUUUUAG